AUGCUUCCAAUUGAGGUUGGCCGCUCACUGGGCUCACAGUGGCCCUGCCGCGACGUCCAGGCGCGCCAGCUUGCCAGUCUUUUAAGUCCUCAUGUCCCUAGCCCCCCAACAAUCGUUGUUCACGGCAUCUCUGCGACCUGCAAAUCCACUAUACUCCGCGGUGUUCUCUCUACCCUUGAAGUGCCACACGCCAUUAUCCGCAGCUCGGAAUGUAUCACAGGCCGACACCUUCUGACGAAGAUCCUCUGGAAUACACUUGAUGCCCUGGGCCAGAAGGAAGAGUGGGAGAAAGCCGGCAAGGGACGCUGCGAGCACAUCAGUGGCCUGGCUGUUCUGCUGGAGGAGUGUUUGGCAGCGCGGACUUCCGAUACCUCCAAGAAAUUUGUCUUGGUGCUUGAUGAGAUUGACAAACAGCGAGAGGCGCCACACACCUUGCUGUCGGCGCUGGCACGGCUAGGAGAGAUUAUUCCUUCUCUCUGUGUCGUUCUUGUUCUCAGCUCAACACCGCGGCCCCUGUUCCUUCAAAGUGCUGCGGUUCCCCAUAUCAGCUUUCCUCCGUAUACACGCAAGGAGGCCAUUGAUAUUAUCCUCACCUCCAAUGCGCCGGUCGUUGAUGGCCUGCCUGAUGAGACUUCUCUUCGGGUAUAUCCAUACUUCGUUUUUACGGUCUACGACUCCCUGAUUGGACCGACGGCAGGCUCGAUCCCAAACUUCAGAUCUAUCUGCGAAAGGCUAUGGCCCAAAUUCGUUGCGCCUGUGGUGAACGGAGAAGCACCUCCUGGAGGAAACACGGAGUGGGAUUUCUCGAGAUUGCUGGUCAAGAACAGAUCAAUCUUCCGGCACCAGGGCGAAUCAGCGCUGGUGCACCGCAUUGUGCCCGAAGAGACCUCGACAGCCAUCACGAAACAAAAGACUCCAUUGUCAAAUGUCACCAUGAUGCCCUCAGCCCUCCCAUCCCUCCCCUACUUCUCAACCCUCAUCCUCACAUCCGCAUACCUAGCCUCCCACACCCCCCAGCGCCUAGAUACAAUCUUCUUUUCCAAAUUCUCCUCAUCCUCCCUCUCAGCCCGAAACAAGCGAGCCCACCACCGCCGCCGCCUGAAAGUCCUCUCCCAAGCGCAAGCAGAAGAAAGACAAGCAGCAAACGACGACCCUUCAACCCCAAACAAACGAGGAAAAGGAAAGCGCACAAAAACCCGCAUUACAAAAUCAACCCUCUCGUCCGCCUUCGCAACCUCCUCAGCCACGACCUCCGCUACAGGCAGUGGUUCCGGUAUAACCGGCCCGUCAACAAUCCUCACAGCCCGCUCUUUCCCUCUGGAACGUCUCCUAGCAAUCUACCAUGCCAUCGACCCAAAUCCACCCGCCACACCUCUCCGCGUUGCAGCAGUCGCGGAUCGAAUCUACGCUGAACUCGCUACACUUCGUCGUCUGCGUCUUGUUGUCCCUGCUGCUGGGCAUAAUGGUGCUGCUAGUAGUAGUGGAAAUACUACUGCUGACGCGGGUGAUAAAUGGACUGUCAAUGUCUCUGGGGAAUGGGUUGGUGAGCUUGCUAAGGGUAUCGGUGUCGAGGUUGGGGAGUGGCUUGCUGGUGGUUUGGAUUGA